UCCACCCCCCAACACAAACGCCUGCUGAGCCAGAGGCCGUCCAAACCACACAGGAAACCAGAGAGGUGGGAUCCGUACGCCCUGCUGAUGUCAGAGAAGGAGAAGGAGUGGGUCAUCAGACUACAGAUGAUUCAGCUGCAGAGUGAAAACCCACACCUGGACGACUACUACUAUCAGGAGUACUACAAGAGGAUGGAGGCCAAGCUGGCGGAGGAGGAGAAGAGGGGCGAGUGGGCCAAGAGGGAGACCCCCAAACUCACCACCCCCUACGUCAUCAAGAGCGAGUCCUACACGCCAGUGGUCCACAUCGAAGGAUCGCUGGGGCAGGUUGCCGUGUCGACGUGUUUCUCCCCGAGACGAGCAAUAAAUGCUGUGCGCACACACAGCCCUGAUGAGGAUGUAAAGGACUCCAGACAACCAAGGAUGGAGGUGUACAUAGAGAAGCUGUUCAGCCAGCUGCUGGAGGUGGAGGAGGCCGCCAGGAAGAAGGGGUUUGUGCGUGUGGAGGAGAAGGGUGGACUGAUGGAGGAGAUGGAGAAGAAGGUGAAGCAGAUCUACUCCCUAAUCCGCCACGCCAACCUUCACGAGUCCAGUGAGGAGUUUCUUCCAUGCCUGCUGGUCUCCAAAGGCAAGCGAUUGUUGGCCCGCCUCCUGCCAUUCUUAUCCCAUGAUGCAGCACUGCAUGCCCUCACCAUGGUGACCACCCACCUGCCCACGCUGAUGAGCAAAGACACUGACGAGGCCCUCCCUGUCUUGUACGCUCCCCUGCGGGAUGUGAUCAGCGCUCUGUCCUUCAGUCAGCUGAUUGGGGUCCUAAAGGACUUCACCAUCGUGGUGCCCGAGUCCAGCGAGACCAUCCUCACGCUCGCCUGUCAAAAUGAGUUUGGCCUGUCUCUGCUGUACGUGCUGCUGUCCCAGGGAGAGAGACUCCUGUCCUCUAAUGUGCCCAUGGAACCCAACAUCGGAGACUUUGAGACAUGGACGGACACGGUCUUCCAGGUGGCCCAGCAGCUAUCCCACGCCUCCCUGGUGGAGCCGCUCUUCCUGCCCUCCAACCUGCUGACGCUCUUCUGCCGCUACCUGGACAAGCGCACCGUCCACCAGCUCAAGAGCAACAUGGAGUCUGCCUCAGGGUACCUGGCUGUCGCGUCGUAGAGUGAUGUUGGACGUCGCUGCUGUGUGGACAGGUGUGUGUGAGACAAACACCUGUCAAGC